GGCCAGCUCCCGCCAGUCUGCCCUGCCCUGCUCGCGGCUCCCCAGGCCGCCGCACCCUCCCGGCACCGCCUCCUUCGGUAAAUACAGUGGCGGCCCGCCCUCCGCGCCCGGACGCGCAGGUGGGAGGGUGCGGUGCGGGCCUGUGCCCAGCCCGCUGUCUCUGGUCAGCGCUUCCCAGACAAGCGCCGACCCGAAGCCGACCCGCCGCAGGCUCCCCGGACGCGUCCCGCGCAGGCAGGACGCACGCAGGACGAAGCCUCAGAGCUGUUGAAACCAUUGGAGGGAAGGAAGCACAUCCCACCUGUCUUCAGGGAAGGGGCCUCUUCUGGCCAUGUCUCCUGCAGCAGCUGAGCCGGAUGAGGUCCAGCCAGACAGGCAUGUCAGCAAGCUCAUUUUCUUCCUUUUCGUCUUUGGUGCCAUCCUGUUGUUUGUGGGAGUCCUGCUUUCCAUCUUUGGGUUCCAGACAUGCCAAUACGAAAGCCUCCCAGACUGCAGUAUGGUGCUGAAGGUGGCUGGGCCCGCGUGUGCGGCCAUUGGGCUUGGGGCUGUGAUCCUGGCCCGCUCCCGGGCACUGCUUCAGUUCCGGGAGGGACGCCUGCGAGGCAACCGGGUGGACCCCGACCAAGCCUUCAUCUGCGGAGAGAGCCGCCAGUUUGCCCAGUGCCUCAUCUUUGGGUUCCUGUUCUUGACCAGUGGGAUGCUCAUCAGCAUACUGGGCAUUUGGGUCCCUGGAUGUGACUCGGACUGGGACAAGGAGCCCCUGAACGAGACAGACACUGCCACCGCGGAGCCCCCGAUCUGUGCAUUCCUGUCCCUGCAGAUCAUGGGACCCUUAAUUGUGCUCGUGGGCUUGUGUUUCUUCGUGGUUGCCCAUGUCAAGAAGAGAAACAACUUGAGUGAGGCCCAGAAUGCCUCCGACAGUGAAGAGAGACAGACCCAGAACACAGAGCCCGUCCAGGUCACUGUAGGUGAUGCCGUGAUAAUAUUCCCACCCCCUCCACCACCUUACUUUCCUGAGUCUUCAGCUUCUGCAGUCACACGAGGUCCUGACGCUAACGGUUUGCUUCCAAAUGAAAAUCCACCUUCCUAUUACAGUAUUUUUAACUAUGGCGGGACCCCAGCGCCCGAGGGCCAAGGCACAGCCUCUGCGAGCGAGCGCGUGUCCGUAUACACUAUUUCCGGGAUGACGUCAUCCUCAGAGCCCUCACACACUCCACAGCUCGCCUCUGAAUUGCCUCCCAGAUACGAAGAAAAAGAACCGGCUGCAACCACAUCCUCGUCUCCCUCUUCUGAGCCUUCCCCACCAUGAACUAUGGACUCCAGUUCAAUUUUAUAUAGAAUCAAUUUUAUAUAGCAAUUUAUUUAAUUUGUUUUUUAAUAAAAAAAAAU